CUUCCUGUAGCCGAUGUUAGCUAACAGCUAACAGCUAACACCGGGAGGACCGGGACAGUCCGGGGACACGGUCCAGAUCAGCCGGGCUCGACCCACUGUGACCGGGGAGACGGGGCUACACCAACCGGGUGUAACUGGUUUAACUGGGAGCUAACAUGCGAACAGCUGCGUUAGCUUCAUGAGAUACCGUGAGAACUGGCGUACUCACAGUUACUACAGUGACUACAGUAACUGACUGUAGUUCUAAGUGUAUUAAUGCAUGACUGUAGUAAUGUGUGUACUACAGUAUUAACGCUGUCAGACAGGAUGAGCUCUCGAGGAGGAGGCACCUCUCUGACUCGCCGUAACUACAGACUGUCAUCAGACAGUGACAAGGCCAGAGCUACAGGUAUCGUGAAUGAGAAGCUGCUCAGUGAUUAUCUCCAUCACGUGUUUCCUUCAACCAAACAUGGACCAGUCGCCUCCCUCAGGAAGCCUCUUGGUUUCCAGGAUCUUGGUGGCCACCUUGAGAACCUUCUGUCAGAAGAAGAACCUUCAGAGGAAAUCAGAGAUCAGCCUGUGGAGGGUCGUCUGGGACCUCAGCCGGUGGUCCUCGAUCACACCAGUGGAUUUGAAGGUCUCCUGUUUGUCGAUGACGACCUGCUCGGGGUCAUAGGUCACAGCAACUUCAGCUCCAUCAGAGCCACCACUUGUGUUUAUAAAGGGAAGUGGGCGUACGAGGUUCUGAUCUCCUCACAGGGUCUGAUGCAGAUCGGCUGGUGUACCCUGAACUGUCGCUUUAACCAGGAGGAGGGUGUAGGUGACACACCUGAUUCUUAUGCGUACGAUGGAAACAGAGUGAGGAAGUGGAACGUGACGACCACAAACUACGGGAAGUCGUGGGCGGCAGGAGACAUCGUCAGCUGUCUGAUCGACCUGGACGAAGGAACCAUCACAUUCUGCUUGAAUGGACAGUCUCUGGGCACAGCCUUCACCAACAUAAAGACGGGCCCGGGCGUGGCCUACUUUCCCUCCAUCAGUUUGUCCUUUAAAGAGUCAGUGGCUUUUAACUUCGGCAGUCGGCCGCUGAGGUAUCCUGUGGACGGUUACCUGCCGCUGCAGAACCCCCCGACCUCUGACCUGCUGAAAGCUCAGAAGCUGCUUGGAUACGUCAAGAACGUCCUCUGCAGCGCCAUCGACACUCAGGAGGACAGGCUGCUGGAGACGGAUUGUGCGAUGUGGAGUCUUAAUGGAGAACCGACAGUCCUCAUCACUCUGGCUCACAUCUUCAACCACUUUGCUCCUCUCAUGUGUAAGGUGUACCUGGUGGAGGACGUGCUGAUGAACUUCCUGUUGGGGAUUCUGGAGGGAGGAGGUUCAGUUGAUGAACAUCCACUGAUACAACAACUACUGGACCUGUUCUGGCUGCUGAUGGAGGACUAUGAAGUGAACGAGUGUCUGAAGCAGUUGAUGAUGUCACUUCUCAGAGCCUAUCGGUUCUCUCCCAUCAUCCCGGACCUCGGCUUCCAGAUCCACUACCUGCGUCUGACCACGGCCGUCCUGCACCAUGAGAAGUCCAGGAAGUACCUGCUCAACAACGUCUUGUUCGACGUCCUGCGAUCCGUCGUCUUCUUCUACAUCAAGACUCCGCUGAGGGUGAAGGAGGCGGGGCUUGAAGAGCUCAUCCCCACCACCUGGUGGCCAACUCAUUUCGACAAGGAGGGUAAAGACGAGCGGGAGUGUAAGGAUGAGAGUCCAGACGAGCGUCUGAGGCGUCGGGCGUACGAGCGAGGCUGUCAGAGGCUGAAGAAGAGGAUAGAAGUGGUGGAAGAGUUGCAGGUUCAAAUCCUGAGGCUGCUGCUAAAUAACAAAGACAAAACGACGGGAGAAGCGUCUCGUUAUAUCUUCCUCAACAAGUUCCGGAAGUUCCUGCAGGAGAAUGCCAGUAACAGAGGGCACCCCACAGCUCUGUGUCCUCCUGAGUACAUGGUGUGUUUCCUGCACCGCCUCAUCACGGCGGUGAGAACCUGCUGGGACGAAGGGAACAGGAAGUCUCUGGGCAGCGUGAGGAGUGAAGAGGCGUACGUCCCCCCUCAGCUCUUCUACAAUGGGAAGGUGGAUUACUUUGACCUUCAAAGACUGGGGGGGCUCCUCUCCCACCUCAAGAAAACACUCAAAGAUGAUUUGGCGAGUAAAGCCAACAUCAUCAUCGACCCUGCAGAGAUCCAGGCCGCGUCCAUGGACGACCUGGACGAGGACGAGGAGAGCGGAGCAGCACAGAGGCCGUUCGGGGCAGCGAUGGGCGGAGCUCUGGCGAGGCCCAGCUGGUUGAGUUCUCCCACUUUGGGACGGGCCAACCGGUUCCUGAGCACGGCCGCCGUCAGCCUGAUGACCCCCAGACGACCCCUGACGCAGCCCGAGAAGGUGAAGGUCCGCACGCUGGCUGUGGAGCAGAGGACGGAGGAGGACAUCGAGGGUAGCCAUGGUAACGAUGGCCUGUUGCUGGGGCGACCAGUGGAGGAGCCCGAGCAGCCAUUGGCCGACAAGUCGCUGCUGGAGAUCGUGGACGGGAUCGUGAUGAUGUACAACCUGAGCGUCCACCAGCAGCUGGGGAAGAUGGUGGUGGUUUCAGACGACGUCCAUGAAUACGCUGUGGCACUGAAGGACACAGAGGAGAAGAUCGCUCGCUGCCCCGCACGAAGAUCAGACAUCCUGGACGAGCUGCAGAAGAGUCAGAAGGUUUUCUCAGAGAAGCUGAAUCACCUCAGCAGGAGACUGGCCUGGAUCAACGCCACCAUCUACUCCAAGGAGAAGAUGCUGGAUGUGUACUGGCUGCUGUGCGUUUGCAUUCGCACAAUCGAACACGCAGACAACACGGGCUCCUUGUUCGCCUUCACUCCUGAGUUCUACCUCAACGUGGCCAUGAACGCCUACAGCGCCCUGAAGAACUACUUCAGCCCGGCCAACAGCAUGGAGGAGCUCCCAGGUUACGAAGAGACACUGACUCAGCUGGCUGCCAUCCUUGCCAAACACUUUGCUGAUCCACGCAUCGUCGGAACAGACAUUAAAGAUUCUCUGAUGCAGGCCCUCGCCAGCUACGUCUGCUACCCACAAUCCCUCAGGGCAGUGGAGAGGAUCCCGAUAUCCCGCGCUGCCUCCGUCCUGCUGUCGGACCCCUGCUUCCAGCUCCACUCCAUCCAGCACCUGUUGGGAGAGGGGGCGGAGCCCUCCAGAUCCUUACCUGCAGCCGCCCCCCCCGCUCGUCCAGUAGUCGGAUCCCUGGGGUCGGGUGUGGCCCCCCCCAUCCCCUCAGCCGCAGGAAACCCAGGAUCGACCGAGAGAAAACACUUCUCUCUGCACGCAUACACCGACUACAUCAGCGAGGAGGAGAAACACAAGGUGGAGCUGAUGUUGGCGUUUCUCACGGAGGAGUCCAAGCAGGCGGCGGCGAGCACAGCUCCGACGAGUGAAGAAGAUCUUUGUCCGAUCUGCUACGCUCACUCCAUCUCUGCUGUGUUCAAACCCUGUUCACACAAGUCCUGCAAAGCCUGUAUCAACCAGCACCUGAUGAACAACAAGGACUGCUUCUUCUGCAAAGCCACAAUCACUGGAGUGGACGACUACAACAAGCCAGCCUCCUAACACACACAGACACACACAGAGACAGAGUCACACACAGAGACACACACAGAGACAGAGACACACACAGAGACACACACAGAGACAGAGACACACACAGAGACACACACAGAGACAGAGACACACACAGAGACACACACAGAGACAGAGUCACACACAGAGACACACACAGAGACAGAGACACACACAGAGACAGAGUCACACACAGAGACACACACAGAGACAGAGACACACACAGAGACACACACAGAGACAGAGUCACACACAGAGACACACACAGAGACACACACAGAGACAGAGACACACACAGAGACACACACAGAGACAGAGUCACACACAAACACACAGACACACACAGAGACAGAGACACACACAGAUACAGAGUCACACACAUAGACACACACAGAGACAGAGACAGAGACACACACACACAAAGACGGACACACAGACACACACACAGAAACACACAUGUAACGUCCCUGAACAGUGAGUUUCUAAUGUCGGUGUCGGACGAUGAAUUCUUAAACUUGUGUUUUUGUCGAUUUUGUUGAUUUUCACUUUUAAAGUUUGUUGUGUUUGAUUUAGUUUGUUUGACAAAUUCAACUUUAUUAAAUUCUCAUUGAAUGAAGAAAACUAAGGAAACUGAAAAGGGAAAAGAGACAUUGAAAUCAUUUCUGGAUGUCAAGAGUUUCAAAUAGGUUUUAAAUCAUUAAAUGAGAAAAAGAAAAGUUUAACAAACAAAUUAUUAAAUUUUAAAUGUGUAUUAUCCAAUUUCAAGUUUCCUUUUUCUUCUAACAUUAAGUUAUAAGCUCAUUAUCCUGAGUUUACAUUACUUUUUAUUUCUGGGUAACAUUGAGCGAAUGUAUUUAAACGUUGAAUUCUUCGUUUUUUUAACGAGGUCAUAAAACCGCUAGCUGCAGUGAGUCAUGUGAUCGUUGACUCUGGGUUCGAGUUGAUCUGGUUCGACGUCACGUUGACGGACGUGUCAUCGAGCGUGUGACUGUUUCUCUGACUGUGAAGUGACGGAGGUGCUCUACAGUAUUUAAAGCAUGUUUGUGGGUGAACGUCGGGCUAGCGUUAGCGAUAGCACUGACAAAUAUUCUAGUUUCUGUUUCGCCGUGUUUCGGGGAACGAUGGAUGAACAGAGGAUUUCAGAGAAGGAGGAAACUCUUGCUUUUCAUUUCCUCUUGUUGAGUUCACAUAUAUCGACGAUGUAACUGUAUUAAAUUAUUUAUCCUGAA